AAAGGGGAGGAGGAGGAGGAGAAGAUGGGCGGCUUUACAAGCAAAACAAUGCAUUCUCAUAAGGUGGCCGAUCAGUUUGAAGAAGAGAAGAAGCAUAUGGCUAGUCCUGGAAGCAUUGCAACGAACUGGAGAGAACUAAGUGGCGAACAUCAUUGGACAGAUUUGUUAGACCCACUUGACAUCAAUCUCCGAAGGUAUAUUAUACACUACGGAGAAAUGGCUGAAGCUACUUAUGAUGCUUUUAACUCUGAUAAGGCAUCCAAGUAUGCAAGAAGGAGCCGUUAUGGAAAAAGAGAUUUCUUCUCGAAGGUGGGUUUAGAACGUGGAAAUCCUUUCAAGUAUAAGGUGACAAAGUUCCUGUACGCAACCUCAGAGAUCGAUUUUCUCAUACUAGACGAUGUUGAAGAAUCAAACUGGAUGGGAUACGUCGCGGUGGCCACCGACGAAGGCAAAGCCAUGUUAGGGAGGAGGGACAUUGUGAUUGCUUGGAGAGGAACUGAGCAGGUGAUGGAAUGGAUCAAAGAUAUUCAGUUCCUCUUGGAUGAUGCUCCACAUAUUUUUGGAGAUGAUGCUGAAUGUAAAGUACACCGAGGCUUUUACUCCGUUUACACAGCAACUAACUCCCAAUCAGACUUGAACAAAACAAGUGCAAGAACUCAGGUCUUGACUGAGAUUAGAAGACUGGUUAACAAAUACAAGGAUGAAGAAAUCAGUAUAAUAGUAACCGGACACAGCUUAGGUGCGGCACUUGCAACACUGAAUGCGGUGGACAUUGUGAGUAAUGGAUGUAACAUCCGAGAAGAUGAAUCUCAAAAGGCUUGUCCAGUCACAGCCAUUGUAUUUGCCAGCCCUCGAGUCGGAAACUCAGAUUUUAAGGAGUUUUCUUCUAGUCAAAAGGAUCUUCGAAUACUGCGAAUCCGUAAUAAAAAUGAUAUAGUUCCGAGGCAUCCUUUCUUGGGUUACGAUGAAGUAGGAGAAGAGUUGGAGAUUGAUACUCAGAAAUCAAACUUCUUAAAGCAACCGGGGGAUUUUAAGAGUUGGCACAAUCUGGAGGCGUAUUUGCAUGGAGUUGCAGGAACGCAAGGGAGCGAAGGGGGAUUUAACUUAGAGGUUAAGAGGGACAUAGCACUUGUAAACAAAGGCAUGGGUGCUUUGAAGGACGAGUAUAACAUUCCUGAGGCUUGGAGGAGAUCAAACAAGGGACUGGUUCAACAGCCAGAUGGUACUUGGAAGAUGCAAGAACCGGAAUCAGAAUCUGAGGAUGAUGACUUUGAAUGAAUGAAUUAGUUAAUUUAUUUGUUUUAAUGUGUAUAGUAGUUUCGUUAUUGUUCUUUUAUCUCUUGAUUAUGUAUCAUUAAUUUGAUUCUUUUAGUCACUCUGGAUGCUUGAGUGAAACUUAGGUUCAAGGACAUUGGAGAAAUAUUUGUAUUCAUUUAUUCAUGAAAUUCUUUGACUGUAAUUUUAAAACUUUAGUGACAUAGCACUUGCAAAAUAUAAGCUAUAGGAGA